CUUUCAAAACCUCUCCACUCGCCGCCCAGCACCGAAGAUCAACCCCACCCGCCACCGAGUCUUCACCGCCCAUACAUCGCCGUCGCUGGGUCUUCAUUGGUCGCUGGUUUUUGGACAAACGAAAAAGACAAUUCUACCCUUAAACAAAUCAAAGAUUCCCGUCCCAACUCCCCAAAGCCCUAACCCAAACUCCCCAAUCUCCAAUCCCCCCCUCCCUAGAUCACUCCUCUGUCUCUCUUAUCUCCUUCCUCCCUCCCGUUGUUCGCCCUGUCAUCUCCGGCGUCGCCGUUUCUUUAUCAUCUCCUUCCUCGCUGUCGUCGUUCGUUCACCCUAUCAACUCCGGCGUCGCCGCAUCGCUGCUGCGGCCUCGCUGCUCCUCGAUCUUUGCUGCUCCAGACUUUUCCCAAUCUCAGGUCUGUGGUUUUUGCUGCGAACAGUAAGAUCAGUACAGAGAAAUAAAAAAAUGACUGAAGAAGGAAGAGUGCACCCAGACUGCAGAAAUUCAUCAAACCCUUAUCACGAAUGUAGUGAUUAUUGCUUUAAAAUAAUUGCCGAAGCGAAGAUGCAAAUGAAUAAAAGUGAACAAGGAGAGGGUCAAGCCAGUGGCAGCAAGGUUCAGUCCCGAUCAGUUGCUGUCCCUGAAUUGCAUGAAGUUCCACAUGACGAAAUAGAUGAUCUUGAAGAUCACCCAAAUGCGGACAGUGACACCCUACCUGAGGAGAAUGUGCAGGUGGACUUUACAAAACUCACAGGGAGGCAGAAGAAAUUGUUUGAGUUAAGGUUGAAGAUGAAUGAGGCAAGGAAAGCCAAUCAAACUGCCAUGGUGGCAGAGAAGAAAAGAAUGGAAGGUCCAACAGAGUCUAGGGGUGUUUCUAAAGAAAAAUGGAUGGAGGACAGGAAGAAAAAAAUUGGAAAGCUUCUGGAUGCAAAUGGUUUGGAUAUGAACAAGGCAUAUAUGCUAGAUACUGAAGAGAUGGCAGAGACAAAAUAUAAGAAAUGGGAAAAAGCACCUGCUCCCUUUGGUUGGGAUGUUUUUAAUCAGAAGACUUUGUACAAUGCAUACAAGAAACGGACAAAGAAUAUCAAGAUUGACGUUGAAGAGUACAAUAAAAUGAAAGAAGCUGAUCCAGAGUUCUACAGAGAAGCUUCAAGCCUCCAAUAUGGAAAGGCACCAAAAAUUCCAGAGGACAGGAUUGAAAAGAUGGUGAAGGAGCUGAAGGACAGGGAGGAGAAGCGCACGUCAUUUAGCCGGAGAAGAAGAUUCCAUGAAGAGAAAGAUAUCGAUUCAAUCAAUGACCGUAAUGAGCAUUUCAAUAAGAAGAUUGAGCGAGCCUUUGGGAAAUACACGCUGGAGAUCAAGAAUAAUCUUGAGAGAGGAACUGCUUUGCCCGACUAAACUACUUACUUGACUUGAUAUGAUCAUAGGGCGCCUUUGUAUGUAACUUUGUUUAGUUUAAGCCUAUUACUUGGUAUUUUACAAGAAGAGGGACGUGCGCUUUUAGUUAUAUGUAUGGUGCAUGGGAGCUACUAUUCGGACAUCUCCCUAGAUGUGGUAAUGCUAUGCUUGGUUCAUUUCUUGUUUCUUAA